AUGAACGUUAAUAAAAAGUUCGAUCGCUUCAAGCAAUGGGCAGGAGAGAGAAUGGGUGGUGAAGUCAAGACUAAUCUCUCCGACGACUUUAAAGCCCUGGAGACUGAAAUGAACGUGAAACAUGAAGGGGUCGAUCGUAUCCAUAAAUCCUUGAUUGCAUAUGUCAAGUCCAUCUCGAAGCGCAACGAAGGAGACGACAGGGAGAAAACGCUGCCUAUAGCUCAUUUGGGUGGCAGUAUGGUCAGUCAUGGGGAGGAUUUCGAUGCCAAUUCCGAAUAUGGACGUUGUUUGACGAUGUUUGGAAGGGCAGAAGAGCGGAUUGCCCGUGUGCAGGAAUCCUAUAUCUCACAGGCCAAUGCGACCUAUCUCGAGUCCCUUGAACGAUCCCUAGCCCAGAUGAAAGAAUACCAGGCUGCCCGCAAGAAGCUUGACAGCCGACGAUUGGCCUACGAUACGUCACUUUCUAAGAUGCAGAAAGCGAAGAAAGAGGACUUUCGCGUUGAAGAAGAAUUGCGUACUCAGAAGGUCAAGUAUGAAGAGGCCAAUGAGGAUGUUUUCAGGCGGAUGUAUGAUAUCAAGGAUGCGGAGGUAGAGGGUGUUGCGGAUUUGGCUGCAUUCCUUGAAGCGCAGCUCAAUUACCACGAACGGUGCCGGGAAGUACUUCUCCAACUCAAGAAUGAAUGGCCUGCAGACCAAUUCCAAUCGCAAACGCCAAAUGGUCGCCGCACCGGGCGUGCUCGUUCCAAUACUGCACAUUCCUAUCAAGAACGCUACGAGCCGCUGCAUGAGGAGCCCACCAACGGUGUUAGUCCCCGGCCAAUCAUCAGGUCGGACCGUCACCCUUCAUCUGGACCCCCAACUCUUCCCCUGAGAGAACCCUACCCAGCUGAGACGCCUUUCCAGCGACCUGGUUUGAACCGCACUUCGACUUUCGAGGGCCCUUCGCAGUUGCGGCAGCUGCAGCCGUCUGGUUCAUCUUCGUGGCAAUCACGAGCGACCAGUGAAAAUUUCAUCUCCCGCAGGGAUAGCUCUCAACCUCGGCCUGUCAGCAUGAUGCCAGAUAAUUCGUAUACUGAUCCUUACGAGGAAUCCACCGCACAGGUUAAUGCCCAUUCCGACGUGUUCUACCAGGGACGCUCAAGCUCUCCUUCGUACGGGAAUACUAUUUCCAGAAGAGCUAGCUCGGGGACCUUGAACGGUUCCGCAUUCAACAAGAAAGCUCCUCCACCUCCCCCGCCUUCGCGAGCAAAGAAGCCGCCUCCGCCGCCCCCGAUGAAACGUCCCAUGCUGACUGUGGGGGACGUGUAA